AUGUCUGAUUUCAAGACCGCAACUAACCUGACCAAGGACGCCAAUGCUCCCGUCGACACCGUCGACACCACCAACACCUACCGUGUCAAGACCGGACUCGCCCAGAUGCUCAAGGGCGGUGUGAUCAUGGAUGUUGUCAACGCCGAGCAGGCGCGCAUCGCCGAAGAGGCUGGUGCCUGUGCUGUCAUGGCCCUCGAGCGCGUGCCUGCCGAUAUCCGCAAGGACGGCGGUGUCGCACGCAUGUCUGACCCGCAGAUGAUCCGCGAGAUUAUCGAGGCUGUCACUAUCCCGGUCAUGGCCAAGGUGCGCAUCGGCCACUUUGUCGAGGCCCAGAUCAUCGAGGCCAUCGGCGUCGACUACAUCGACGAGAGCGAGGUCCUGACCCUUGCCGACGAGACCUACCACAUUGACAAGCACGACUAUAAGAUUCCCUUUGUCUGCGGUGCGCGCAACCUGGGUGAGGCUCUGCGUCGUAUCUCGGAGGGUGCCGCGAUGAUCCGCACAAAGGGUGAGGCUGGAACCGGUGAUGUUAUCCAGGCCGUCAAGCACAUGCGCACGAUGAACGACCAGAUCCGUCAUGCCACUUCAUUGGACAAAAUGGAGCUGUACAACUACGCCAAGGAGCUCGGUGUCUCGAUUGAUCUAUUGCGCGAGGUCGCUCGUCUUGGCCGUCUGCCGGUCGUCAACUUUGCUGCCGGCGGUGUUGCCACUCCUGCUGAUGCCGCGUUGAUGAUGCAGCUUGGAUGUGACGGUGUCUUUGUUGGAUCAGGUAUUUUCAAGAGCGGAGAUCCGGCCAAGCGCGCUCGCGCCAUUGUCAAGGCCGUUACCCAUUUCAGAGACGCCAAGCUCCUGGCUGAGGUCUCUGAGAACCUGGGCGAGGCCAUGGUCGGCAUUAACUGCAGUUCGCUUGCUGAGAGCGAGCGGUUGGAGAAGCGCGGUAACUAA